AGUAAUUUUAACUAAGUCAAUUGAGAUUGACGUUGGAGUAAAAUGUUUGAACUUGGGAAUCGCCGUCUGUCUAGCUAAGAAGAAAUCGGCGACGGAAGUUUCAAUCCAAUAAUCAUUUUCACUUUUAACACAACUAAACUUACAAACAGACACGCACGCACUCUAUCAAAUUCCAAACCCCAUUUUUUCCUCUUUCCGCUUCGACCAGGAAUUCAUGCAAUCAUGGAUGUGAAAACAAAGAGGAGAACUGUGAUUGAAAAUGGUGAUGCAGGGGAGGAUAAGGUUCUAGCUACUUUGAUUGCAAAUAGGGAUGAUGUUGGUCCUCUUGUCAGGCAUGCCUUCGAAACGGGUCGGCCAGAGGGGUUCCUUCACCAGAUGAGUUACGUGGUUAAGAAAAAGGAAGCUGAAAUCGAGGAGAUGUGCAAGACCCAUUACGAGGAAUUCAUCCUUGCAGUUGAUGAGCUUCGCGGUGUGUUGGUUGAUGCUGAGGAGCUAAAGAGAGAGCUCCAUCGUGACAAUCUUAAGUUGCAGGAGGUUGGCAGCACCCUGCUUGUCCGGCUUGAAGAGCUUCUUGAAACUUAUUCUAUUAAGAAGAAUCUUACUGAAGCUAUGAAUAUGUCAAAGAACUGUAUACAGGUGUUAGAGCUUUGUGUCAAGUGUAACAGUCACAUUUCUGAAGGCCAGUUUUAUCCUGCAUUGAAAACUUUGGAUUUACUUGAGAAAACUUACAUGCAGAGUAUUCCAGCACAGGCUCUCAAAAGGGCCAUAGAGACGAGAAUUCCUGCAGUGAAGUUGCACAUUGAGAAGAAAGUUUGCAGUGAAGUUAAUGAAUGGAUGGUCCAAAUUAGGAGUUCUGCUAAAAAUAUUGGGGAAACAGCGAUUGGUCUUACUGCAACAGCUCGUCAAAGGGAUGACGACAUGCUUGAACAGCAGAGGAAGGCUGAGGAGCAAAGUAUUUCAGGAGUAGGGGACCUGGCUUACACUUUGGAUGUUGAACAAUUUGAUGAAGAUUCUGUUUUGAAGUUUGAUCUUACACCUCUUUAUCGUGCUUCUCAUAUUCAUUAUUGUCUGGGUAUCCGAGAGAAGUUUCGUGAAUAUUACUACACUAAUAGACUAUUGCAAUUGAAUUCAGACCUGGAAAUAUCUUCAACACAGCCUUUUGUUGAGUCAUACCAGACAUUUUUUGCUCAAAUGGCUGGAUUCUUCAUAGUCGAGGAUAGAGUCCUGAGAACUGCUGGGGGCCUACUGUUACCUGAUCAAGUCGAAACAAUGUGGGAGACAGCUGUUGCUAAAAUGACGUCUGUUCUGGAGGAACAGUUCUCCGCUAUGGAGUCGGCCACUCAUCUUCUCUUGGUGAAGCAUUAUGUCACUCUACUUGCGUCUACUCUUAGACAAUAUGGAUAUGAGAUAAGCACACUUCUUGAUGUGCUUGAUAGCAGCCAUGGCAAGUACCACCAGCUUCUUUUGGAUGAAUGUCGGCAACAAAUUGUUGAUGUUCUUGGCAAUGACUCAUAUGACCAAAUGAUAAUGAAAAAGGAAACUGACUAUGAGAAUUGUAUUCUGUCAUUUAAUCUUCAAACAUCAGAUAUUAUGCCAGCUUUUCCAUAUGUUGCACCAUUCUCCUCCAUGGUACCCGAUGCCUGUCGCAUUGUGAGAUCCUUUAUCAAAGGCUCUGUUGAUUACUUGUCUUAUGGGAUACACACGAAUUUCUUUGAUCUUGUGAGGAAGUAUUUGGACAAGUUCUUGAUUGACGUAUUAAAUGUAACAUUACUUGAUACAAUCAAUAGUGGCACUGGCAACAUCAGUGUGCCUCAAGUCAUGCAGAUUUCUGCCAAUAUAGCUGUCCUGGAAAGAGCUUGUGAUUUUUUUCUCCGACAUGUGGUCCAACUGUGUGGCUUGCCCGUCCGAUCAGUUGAAAGGCCCGAAGCUACUUUAACUGCUAAGGUGGUUUUGAAGACAUCCAGAGAAGCAGCUUAUAUUGCCCUGCUGAAUCUGGUGAGCACAAAAAUAGAGGAGUUUAUGACUCUUACUGAAAGCAUUAGUUGGACUUCAGAGGAGACAAAUGAGAAAGGAAAUGACUACAUACAUGAAGUGAUCAUUUACCUUGAUUCUAUUUUGUCCCCAGCACAACAAAUUUUACCCUUGGAUGCUAUGUACAAAGUCGGUUCUGGUAUUUUUGAGCAUAUUUCCAAUACCAUAGUGGCUGCUUUUGCUAGCGAUAGCGUCAAAAGGUUCAAUGCAAGUGCUGUGAUAAAUAUUGAAUAUGAUCUACAGAUCAUAGAGAAUUUUGCAGAAGAAAGGUUCUAUUCUGCUGGUUUGGGUGAAAUUUACAAUGAGGGUAGUUUUAAGAGCUGCUUCAUCGAAGCACGGCAACUAAUUAAUCUUUUGCUAAGUAGUCAACCUGACAAUUUUAUGAAUCCUGUUAUAAGGGAGAAGAGUUAUUAUGCAUUGGAUUACAAGAAGGUGGCUGCUAUCUGUGACAAAUUCAAGGAUUCCGCAGAUGGGAUCUUUGGAAGCCUUGCCCAUAAAAAUGCAAAGCAAAGUGCGAGAAAGAAAUCAAUGGACGUGCUAAAAAAGCGGCUUAAGGAUUUCAAUUGAUAAGACUUUGAAUUAUUCUUUCACAGGAAGUAGGGUGUAACUGAGGUGUUCUUUUUCGUGGACUGUGGAUGUUUUAACUUCAGAAUGAACCGUGUUUUAUACAUUGUUCUGAGUUGUUUGGCCUUAAAGAUUUGUUCUCCCUUUAUUCUGUUUA